AUGCGAGGGGUGUCGAUGCUGUUGCUCGAGAAGGAUUCUAUGCCAGGGAUCACGACCAAGAGGAUGGACUGCCAGGGCGUCUGGCCCAGCGGCACGACUUAUGUAGAGUUCGAUCAGGUCAAAGUUCCCGUGGCCAACUUGAUCGGCAAGGAAAACGAGGGCUUCGGUGUCAUCAUGAAGAACUUCAACCAUGAGCGCUGGGGCUUCGUGGUUCAGGCGACUCGCUUUAGCCGCGUGCUCCUGGAAGACUCCUGGAACUUUGCAAACAAGCGAAGCACCUUUGGGAAGAAGCUCGUGGAGCACCCGGUGAUACGCUGGAAGUUGGCCGAGAUGACCCGUCAGGUAGAGGGAAUCCACCACUGGCUGGAGAACAUGACUUUCCAGCUCUGCCAGAUGCCCAAGGACCAAGCGAUGACCACGCUGGGCGGACCCAUCGCGCUGAUGAAGGCACACUCCUCGAAGAUCUUCGAGUACUGCGCACGCGAGGCGCGGCAAAUCUUCGGGGGCAAUGCCUACACGCGGAGCGGUCUCGGAGAGAGAGCCGAGCGACUGUACCGCGACGUCGGCGCCUACGCCAUCCCCGGGGGCAGCGAGGAGAUUUUGCUGGACCUGGCCAUCCGCCAGGAGCGCUCCUCCGGAAAGCGCCGCGAGCUCCGACGGUCGUCCGCCUCCACGGAGCGGAGCCGGGCGGAGCCUCCGGGCCCAGAUUUCCUCAGACGUGUCCAAGAAGGAAUAAAGCUUCACGCGAAAGCGGCAGCCGCGACAGCCGCGACAGCCUGGAGCCUGCAUGAGUACUGGAAGCAGCAGCUGGGAGCGGCGCAAGGCAGCGAUCGUUCGGCUUCGCCCGCGGCGGCUUCGCCCGCGGCGAAAGAGCUCUCGAAUGUCGGGCGGGAGGAAGCGGUCGAACGAAGACUCUCCGAGGGCCUCCAGGACUUCACCGACUCCAUCGUCCAGAGCAUCGAAGGACUGAGCUCCAAGCUGGUCUUCGAAGUCCCGGCGCGACCUGGGCCCCAGCCCAAGCCGCGAACUCAGAGCGACCAGCCGCGGACCACGGAGUUUCAUUCCGCCAACCUCAACUUAGGACGACUGCGUCUGAGAGAAGCGUGCGCUUCGCUCCGGAGCCGUCGCUGCCUUUUUUUGCUUUGUCUGCCGAUGGCCAUGGCCAUGGCGAUACUUCGGCGCAUGCCGCUCCCGGGCUGA